CCAGACGGCCGCGGCAUUGAGGUUAACCGUUUCCCGGACGCCGCGGGCAUCGAGCCGGCGUUACUCACCUCUGGAAUCACAUAGGAAGAGGGGCUAGCGCGCUAGCUAGCCUGCUAAAGUGCUUCAGUGCCAGUCCUUUUUUCCUAGCUUUGUGAGGCAUCCGCCGGGGCCACGGAAAAAAACACCCGACGCCUGAGCAGACGACCACGUAAAUGGCGGACAACGAGCUGCACUGCCUAUAACCUGCUGAUGUGAAUGGCUCCAAGAAAGAGCACGGCAAAGAAAAGAAAAACAGAGGAGACCGAGGAAGGACAGAGAGAUGGAGAUGACAGCGGAGCUCCAGGAGACCUGACUGCAGACAAAAUGCCUGAAAGGAAGGAAGAGACCAGGCGAGGCAAGCUGGGAAAUAAGAAAUAUAUUGGAGCUCAUGUUGGGAUUCAAGGAGGGAUAUGGAAAGCAGUAGAAUCCUGCACAGAGAUGGGCGGCCGUAGUUUUGCACUGUUUCUGGGAUCACAGCGUUCAUGGAAGAGACCCGCCUUGGACCCAAAAGCAGCUGCAAAGUUUCAGGAGCAAUGUUCCCUUCAGGGUUUAGACCCCGCUCAUAUCCUACCUCAUGGUUCCUACCUGAUGAACUGCGGAUCUCCUAAAGAGGAUGUGUAUGAGAAGAGCCAGGCCUUGUUGGUGGAUGAGCUGAGUCGCUGUAGCGCUCUGGGCCUCCAUCUCUACAACUUCCACCCCGGCUCCUCCCUGGGCUCCAUCAGCACCCAGCAAUGCAUUGAGAGAAUAGCAGGGGCCAUAAACUACGCCCACCAGCAGGUUCCCGCGGUGGUCACAGUGCUGGAGAACAUGAGCGGCCAGGGGAACACGGUAGGUGGUGAUUUCAGCGAGCUGAAGGCCAUCAUAGACCAGGUGAGGGACCGGAGCCGGGUGGGAGUGUGUCUGGAUACCUGCCACGCUUUUGCCGCUGGCUACGACGUGGCGGCGGAUGGCGGCGUGAAGGCCCUGCUGGAGGAGUUUGAUAAGACCGUGGGACUGAAAUACCUCACAGCCGUCCAUCUCAAUGACUCCAAAGGGAAGCUGGGAUGUCACCUGGACCGCCACGAGGACAUCGGGAAAGGUCAGAUUGGACUCUCGGCCUUCCAGGACAUCGUCAACGAGCCCAUACUGGAUGGCAUCCCUCUGAUCCUGGAGACGCCGGGACGGCCGGGGUUUGAAUAUGCCGAACAGAUCCAGCUUCUGUACUCCCUCUGCAAGAGCCAGUGAAGGAGCCAUCUGCUCAUCACUUCCCACUGUUAAACCAGCAGAGGACCAAGGAUGCAACUCCUGUCGUCCACCAUACUGGCCUCGAAGCUUUCAGGUUUUUUAUUGUUGUCGUUCCAUUGUUCCGGGUUGUUAAUGUUGAUAUAACCACUUUCAAAGAAAUAUGAUUUGUUCACCUUUAUCAAAGAUGUGUCGAAAGUUCUAAUAAA